AUGGCCGAGAAUGAAGAGAACCAACAGGAGAUCACGCUCGAUUCCGUCGAAUUGGUCUUCGGAUUCCCGUUGGAUCGUGUUCAUAAGCUGGCCAUGAAGUAUUACAAAGGUAUGUUGACUGUUUUCGUCUUGUUUGUUUUGAUUUUAGGCAUGCAUUUAUUGAUUCCAAGUGGUUCUUGCAGUUCGGACAGAGAGUUUUUGAUUUUUAUUGUGCUUUGAGAUAAUGUCCACGUGUUUUUUUGCUGGAACGCAUUUGUUUUUAUGUUCUUGUAGUUGCUAAGAGAAACUUUAGAUAAUAACGAGGGGAGUUUUGGCCUUUUUGGAGAUGUACCUUGUUUUAGCUACUUUUUUAAUGAAAAAAUGAGAUUCUUAGAUUUAGGUAUGUAAAAUAAGACGUUAUCGUUUGUAAUUAGUUGACAGAGGCCUUGUGGAAACUUCUGAGUUAAUCUUGGAUUUUUAUCCAAAUCUUUUUUCUACAUAUUUUUGAGUUUUUUGCUUUUUCCUUGAUUUUGUCUGACGAGUUCUAUUUUUAGACCAUGAGAAAACGGGUGAACUGCAAGUGGAUUACCCAAUUCGGCUCCGAUUCAUGGCGUUCUCCAAACAAGCUCGUUAUGGUGUGUAUAAAGAUGAAUUGGCUGAUGUUGGAUGGUUUGAUUUGGUUGGAAAUGAUGCCAAGUGAGUUUUUAGGCGCUGUUCUUUUAUUUUUGGCCAAAAAAAUUUUUUUGAAGCUAUUACUUGAUUUCAUAAUUUCGUAUGUGACUAGAGGAAUGUAAAGCGAUAUAAUUGGGCAUAAAUUGUUUAGUUGCGUCAAUCUUUUUUAUCCAAAGCCGUCAUUUUUGUUACUUGUUCUUCGAACUGUCCCAUAAUUCAAAUAAAAAACGGCAUUUUGAAUGCAAACCUUUUACAGGGUUUUAAAAUUUCCGUCAAGUGUUUCUUGAACCGCCGAAACCAAUUUACCCAGCAAUCUGUUUUGGGGCCGAGGUUUUCGGCUAAAUUGGCGGCCGAGAAGUCACCCGUGUUUCACGGCUUUAAACCCGAUGCUGAGAAAAAUUGGAGGGCUGAAACACUUUGUGAUGUAAUGUCUGAUGUAGGAAGGGACAUAUUUUUUAUAUUGCACUAGACUUCAUUCUGGAGAAUGUAAAAAUUUUUUUAUUUUAAAAUUUUUUGGCUGUGUAUAAUAUAAACUGACCAAAUAUGACGUCUUGUUUAUGGAAAUGACACGUCUAAUAUCCAGAAAUGCCUGUUUUUGGGCCGAACUGACGGGUUCGAGGUGAAAGAUGCCCUAUUGUUUAUCCAGAAGGCCCUUCAGAGGGGCCUAUUCCUUCGGAAUGAACACUUUCUGGAGAUCCCGAUACGCUCUUGAUUAUUCCUCAAAACGAAAUUGGAUUUCCGUGAGGAUGGUCGGGCUCUUCGGGACUUGAAUGGGAAAUCGGUAAUGCCAUUGUUGCAAGUUUCAGCUGAAAUUUGAAAGGGCAUAUGAUUUUUAAGGGGAGGAUAAGUUCAGCUCUUCCUCUGAAGGGUAAUCUUGUUUGGUGAACUUUUACGGAAGCUCUGAGAGAUAUGAAAAUGUUGACCAAGGCCCAAAAAAUUCUAUUAUGGCCGGGAUCUGAGAGAAUUUUCGAGAAAUGUUUGAUUUUUUGUGUUAUAUACCAACUGGAUGGGAUAUUAGCCUAAGUAAAAAAUGCUUUGUUUCGUUCCGAAGCCGUGUUUGUUACAAAUUCGAUGAAAAAUAGGGCUUUUGUCUAUUUACUCCUAUGAGAUGAGGUAGAUUUGACGGGUUUCUUCAAAUUUCACCUUAUAAUGGCCCAUGAAUAAGACGAAGACCAUGAAAACAAAGUCCUCUCAAUUAUUCGCGUCUUAUAACGAGUGGAUGACAGCUGAAUUCAGACGCUCCCAAUUCCCCCCUUUCCAAGGGCAAAAAGUGUCUCGGAAACGGCGUUCAAAUCGAAUUUGUUAGCCUCCCGUUGGCCAUCUUCCUUCGUCCUUUCGCUUGUCGCAUCCUCGCACAACACGGUUUUUGUGCGAUCCGGGAAAAGGUUCAGUCGGUUUUUUAUUCCGAAUUAUGCCCCAUGGAACUUGGGCAGGUCCUUUUGUUUGAAAGAAUCCUCUUUGAUGACAAAUGGAACGGCGCAUAAUUGAGAAGAUGGGAAUAUUCUAGGGGGCAGAAGAAGUGGGAGGUCCAGGAGUUUAGUUACAGUAAUCUUAGGGGAUGAUUUUGUGGAUUGGAGAGUAGUUUUUAACUUGACGCACCUUUUGUUGAAGGUAUUUUUUUGUUAUCCCAACUAUGAAUAUUGAAAUUUUGAUUUGAACUCCUUGAAGUCGGCGUCGAGGGGCCUACUGUGAAGUUGAUGACGGGUUUUGAUUGAGGAAUAGAAGAAGGUUGUCUUCAAAAUAGAAUAAUCUUCCUCAGCAAUUGAUUUUUAGCUGAAAGUUCUCAUUGUGCGUACUAAAAUUGCUUUUUUUUGCACGACUUCAUUCAUGUUUGUCGGGUUUGACAUAGAAUAUUUUGCUCUCGAUACGUACUCGUCAAAUCACCAUUGGUAGCGAUUAAACCUCGACAGUCGACUUUGGGCAUUGAUUUUUGAAGCGAAACUCGUUGUUCUAGGUAAUCUUUGACGGUCUUGGGCAUAUUUUUGCAUAACGAAAGUAGUCGAAUCUCGCCCGUAGAUGUGCUGUUGUUAUUCUUUUCAACCAAUUUGGUAAUUUGAUUGGCUUCACAAUUGAAGUGCAUGCUUCCGCUUGGUUUGCGCCGUGAACGCGGAACUUCGGACUUGUUGUUGAACAUGUGUACUCCGCCGAUCUAAUUUGGAUCACUCUGAAAAUUGAGAACGAGAAUAGAUAUGAAAUCCAUGUCUUGAGCAAGUUCGAUCAACGGUUGAUUCUACACGUGAUGCUCUGCUGGUUUUAAUAAUUCGCUGUUCCGGUAAAAUUCAUAACCGUGCCAGCUAACGAGGAAGGUACUUCUAUGGGGUAUGGAGUUACAGGUCAAGUCAUGUAUCAAAAAAAUCGUAAAAUUUUUCUGAUUCAGGAUAUGUAAAACUGAGCUGCCUAAUUUUACGUGGUGUUGCGUGAAAACUUAUGAGGAUUUUUUCACCUUUCCAAACCAAAAUUAGGCAGCUAACUUUUGCAUAUUCUGAAUCAGAAAAAUUUUGCGAUUUUUUGAUAUAUGACUCGACCUGUAACUCGAUACCCCAUAGAAGUACCUUCCUUGUAAGAAUGACUGCCCAUUUUUGAAGAGGUUGGAUCGGUUUAGAGACGUCUUAGGCUAGGAAAAAAGUGUUAAACGUAUCUAAGCGACCUUCUCUUUCGAAGUAAGAAUUCUUUUCAUGUUUUUGCAGUACUCUAUGAUAUCCGAGUUCUCACAUUGACGUUCAUUUGGCCUUCGGUUGCCUGAAAACAGUCUCCCUAGAAUUUGUUAAUAAUUCCAGCUAAAACAUUUCCUUUUUACCAGUAAGCGUUGCGCUCGAAUUUCCCAUCAAAUUUCGGAAGCUUUCUUGUCUUUUACGGAGUGUUAUCCUUGCUAAUUGCCAGAGGCGAAGAAAAUGCUAGACUUGACACGCAUAGGGCAUAGGAUGUAAUAUGGAGCCGGGAUCCGCAUUAUAAUAUCCUUUUGUCGCAUUCCCGUCAAAAACAUUAGGGAACGGAAACGGGGAACAACAGCCUCGUCCCCUUCGUCCUCGUUUAAAAUGGCCCAAAAACCCCCCGCGAAGAAGUUGGGCCCCGAAAAAAAGAUGCGCGGAUUCAAAUUGUCAUAACUUUUGGUUUUUUUUGAAAAAUGUUUUUUCGAAUAAAAAAAUUCGGCAAUUCCAUAUUCUUCGCUUUCUCGCUUUUUAUUGAUGCCAAGGGUCGAGGCGUUGUGAUGUGAUUGGGAGAUUAGAGUUGAGAUGUUCUUCUGGGAGGGAACAUUAGAAUUAUGAGCCAUUUUGACGAACUGAUGGCAAAAAGAGAUUGGAAAUUGGAGUUUUGAUGGGGAUUGUGGGUACUGUAGUUUUUUGAAGAAAUUUUUGGAUACGAAUUUUUUUGAUGGGUUGUUUAUAAAUUUGAAAUUUGCAUGUCUUUUUGAGAUUUGAAUGUUCAAACUUUACCAUUUGAACCUGGUAUUUUUGACUGUUUUUUGGUAAAUUUUAAAAAAACAUAUUUAUUUUUUAUGCCGUAUUUUACAAAUUUUUUUGGCCUUUCAAUAAGCAGAAUAAUUUUCAGGAAAGAGUGGCAAAAACUCGGCGAGAUCAGCCGCGAAGAGGCCAUGUUGGAAUUCGUCCGACUGCUGGACGUUGUUUGCCCAACCUUCAAGCCCUUCGUCAAGGAACAAGCAGCCCUAGAAGCACCGAAAUUGAAUGGGUAAGGCUUUAGAAUAGAAUUCUCGGAAAUUUCUGGAUGAAAUUUCAAUUUUUCGUGAGUUUUGAUAAAUUUUGAGAUGUUUCUUGGGUUAAAAAUUGUAGUUUAAUGAAGGUUAUUUUUGAAUGCGUACGUGAGUUCCCGACUUGUUUUUCGAACCUCAAAGAAAUUUUCUCUCAUUUCAAUACCCAUUUAUUUACGAUAAGAUCCGAAGCCCCGAGAAGUUCAAUUUAUUCCUAAAUUUAGUCGCACCAUUCCCAAGUACAUUGUUUGGGAUGUGAGAAAGCGGCCCCGAACCCCUGGGGAUGUUUUUGAAGCAUCACAUUCCGCCGGAAAUACGCUCCGUUUUGGGGGAUUUUGCCUCUCAAAUUUGCGUAAAAAAGUGUUUUUUUAUACAGAAAUCGAGUUCCUCAUGUCAUCUACAUAGAUUUGUGAUGCGAAAUGGGUUCCCAUUAGUGGAUUUGUAAUUGAAUUUGUUCCAAAAUUGGAUUUAAUUGGGUAUCAUAGUAAAGAAAAGAGAUUUUUUGAAUAUUAGAGUUGAAAAGAAGAGGGGAAUUGAAAAGUUUUGGCCAAAAGAGGAUACAAGAACAUGGGAAACAUAAAGAUUAGAGAAAUCCAGAGUUUUGGAACCCUCAAUCGGGCCUAAUUUAUGGAGAGAAGAGCGGAGUUUUUUGGCCCUCUUAAUUUGGUCCAUUUUUCUCCACGGCCCCUCUUCACUUGGCCGCGUUUCUCUCAAGGCCAUAUAAUUUUUUCCUUGAAAUCCAUGGGUCUUAUGGUUUAGUUUUUUUGCGAGUUUGUGGAUGUUUCCGAGUAAAAAGUCGAGGUGUGCGAGAGAAAUUCAAGAAAUUUUUUAUUUUGCUUUGCUUUUUUUGAACGUUAGACCUGUUGAGAAUGUUGUGUAUAGAAUUUUAAUUGCAGGAAGACACCCUAUCUAAACGGAAAGGCCGACUCCCAAGAAGUAAUCGAAAAAUAUCAACAGCAAAAGUAGGUCGUUUAAAAUUUGAUUUUUUCUUGAGAUUUAGGACGAAGAAUAUAAGGUAUGAUUGCAGAAAACAAAUCCAAGAAGCCUUGAACAAACAGACGUAUCAUCAAUUUCUUGCCUACGCUCAACAAAAUUUCCCCGGAGAACCGCAGAAGGUAAGGGAAGAUUGA